CCAUGCUAAAACAACUCUCACGUGUUUAACUCGAGUGGAAUGCCUUCAUCUCCACCAAGCAGGCGCACAACCAAUCCGCUGCCCUUCCAACAGCGGCAGCCAUACAGCGUCGGCGAUCUGCUCAUGCACCAACGCGACCUUGCAUACAGCGCAAAGUCCAAGCUAAGCCAACACCAUCCGCCCGCAAUCCUGAUCCAGAAAUAGGGUAGGGCAGACAAGACAGGCCAGGCCAGGGUUUAUUGUACCGUGGAACACCUCCUACAACCACCACGCGCCCCCUUGAAAGCCAAACCAACCCACCAGACAUCCACUCUUUGCAAACCUUCCCUCCUAUUGCUCACGACAUCCAUCUUCGAACAUCAUCUUUACCGCCCAGAACAUCGAGUCUCCAGCAGAACCCCACUAAUCGAGUGCCCGAAAAGAAAAUUCAUCAUGGUUUCUUUCUCCUGCGAGAACUGCGGCGACGUCCUCACGAAGAAAAAGUUGGAUCCACACCGCAAUCAAUGUUACGGCGCAUCAUUUACUUGUAUCGAUUGUAUGGUACACUUCUACGGGACUGACUAUCGCGCGCAUACGAGUUGUGUCAGUGAAGCACAGAAGUAUCAGGGAGCAUUAUAUCGACCGGAGAAGGAGAAGAAGGGACGAAACAACAACCAACGUCAAAACAAUUCACAAGCUCUCGUGCAGCAUACCGCAUACGUUGAAGAUGCCGAUGAUGAGUACCACCACAACUCGCACAUCGAGAUUGUCGAGCCACCAAUGCCGGAAGCUCCCUCUCCUCCAUCUGCGGCGCCCGGCUUUAAGCUGCAAUCCAGCCCAGUCAAUGUUUUCGAUUUUUUGGUCGACAGCUCCACACCAAACCAGUCUCGACUCGAGCUCCCGGCCCCUGAGCCCAUGAACCUGAUUGAGGAUACCAAAGAUGAAGAUAUGGAAUCAAACCACGACCGAGACCUCGUACGAGUACGAUUCGAAGACGCCGCACAGAGCGUAACAGACUUAGUACAGUACGGAAGCGGACCGAUCCCCACCGCCGCAGCAGAAUACCAAACCCCAGCACCCAAAGCCGAGCGAGAGCUCAAGAAGGACAGGAAAGAGCGAGAACUCACUCGCGAGGAGAAGAAGGACAAGAAGCGCAAGCGCCUCCACGUCGAGACCCACGACCUCGCCGCCCGCGACGACGAAAGCAUGACCGAUGCCCCUCCCGUCCUGCACUCCGGCCUAACAGGCGGGCUCGGCCGCCUCAUGUCUCGCCCCUCCGUCUUCCCCCCUUCACCAGACUACUCCGGCGGCGACGCAGGCGAUGCCUCUCCCGGAAGCCCACUGAAGAAGACGAAGCAUUCGAAGACCGCCAAGCGCGGCCGCGUCGAGUCCAUCGGAAAUAACCUCAUGUCUCUCAUCAGCAACAAGCGCGUCUCGUCGAGAGAACAUUCCGAGGAUAGACCGAAGAGGAAACAUCGUCGCCAUCGCGAGGACUCGGACCGUCCGUCCCGCAAGAUGAUCGAGUACGAGCCUAUGACCGGCGAGAUUGCGCUAGGAGAAGAAGAUAACGGCAGCCAGCUCGUUGUGUAUCAGCCGCGGGCUGAGUUACUCCUCAGUUUCAUCAACAAGGGUCCUGAUUCUGAGCGUGGACUUAGCAUGAAUAAGGCGCUGAAGAGGUACCAUCGUGAGCGAGCGGCUACGAAUACUGGGCUGGGGAAGGCGGUCGAGGAGAAGGAGUUGUGGAGGAGUUUGCGUAUGAAGAAGAAUGAGAGGGGGGAGAUUGUCUUGUUUUUGUGAUGAUACCAUGCCAUGUGUGAUGGGAUGGGGUCUCGCUCUCUCACUCACAAGUUCCAUCAACGACUCUGCGUAUCGAAAUAGCGUCUUGUCUGUAGCAUUUGUCGGUGUUCUGCAUGUAUGUUUUUGUUUAUUCGGAAGUCAUCUGCUUGUGUUUAUAGCUUUUUUUCCUUUCCGGAUUGCGGAAUGCGGAAUGAGUGAUUGGAUAUGUCUGGGCUGGACUGGGAGAUGAGAUGAAAUGUGUUGAGGAGACAUGGCUCGUCUGUCUGGCUACGGAACAGAGCUGGGAUCUUAAUCUAGAGGAGGGAAAUUAAGGGCUCUUGCUGUGGUGUUAAUACUAUGGCUUUCUUCACUCAUUACUGG